AUGAGAAUUUUUGUCUUCCAGUCAUCGUACGAGGGCUCCGACUCUGUGCUUGAAGACUUCGAUAUUCAAUCCCAGCCUGGCCUCUUUACCUCACAGCACGAAUUCGAAUACCGCUUCAUACACAAGGACAAAUCACAGCAAGAGAUCGAUGCGGCUGUUGCUGAAGGCUUCGACUUCUACAUCAACUUUCUCUGGGGCACCCUUGAUGAUCCUGUCGCAGGCGUGUUAGCCAGCCGCUACUUCGAGUCUCUGGGCUUGCCAUCCUGCGGUGUCCGCAGUUGGGAACGGUCCAAGACGAAGAAUGACUUUUAUAAAGCCGCAAGACUCCGCGGAGCACCGCCCGUUCCCGGCGUUGAUCAUUUCCGCUGUUCUCGGGACAACGGCGACAUUGUUAUACAGGAAUACAUAGAAGGCAGGGACUACACUUGCUCUGUUGUGGAAAUGGGCCAGAACUGCAUUGCCCUCACGCCAUUCGUGUACAUUACGAAGCAAACCACAAACAGGGAGAAGUUCCUUACCUUUGACUUGAAGUUCGACAAAGAGACUCGUAUCGAGCUUGUGCAAAAGCGGCACAAUCCCACCCUGUUCGAACGUCUUCAGCAAGUGGCCACAGAAGCAUUCACCGUCAGCAGCUGCAUAGGCAGCAACAUGGGAUGCGACGUUGAUCUCCGCGCCACGCCGGCUGGAGAAGUCUUCGCCAUCGAGGUGAAUCCUCAGCCAGCUGCUUUCAUGCCAGAAGGAAAGUUCCACGAUCUGCCGAUAAUACACAGCCUACCAGGCGGUCAUCCUGCAGUCAUCAACAUCUUCAUUGCCAACCACAUGCUUGGCCAGCCGGACCAGUGGUCCCAUCAACCAAAGAUAGCGUCCGGCUAUGACGGCUUGGCACCCAAGUAUGACACAAUUCUUAGCCAGAUGACCUCCUUGCCUGCAUCCUUCAAGCGACUGGCUGAUCGGUUUGAAUUCUCUGGAACAGUGCUCGACCUCGCAUGUGGAACUGGGAUGUUUGGCCGAGUGCUAGCCGAGAGCAAGGAACCUUGUUCUCUCGCAGCUUUCAAGAAGAACCAUCGUCUUCUAGGGUGCGACAUCUCCCCUGGGAUGCUGGAGAUUUGCCGGUCAUCCGGGGUAUACGAUGCCCUUUAUACGGAAUCAAUGGAGACAACUCUGCUCAAAAUCAGUAGCUCGGAUGCCAAGAGUGUUGAUCACAUCACUUGUUUCUCGUCGAUCCAUUUUCUGCGCCCCGAGAUGUUUUCCUUUGUCAUGGUGCUGUGCUUCGCCCUCGCUAACAAAUCCGUCACGAUCAGUGUAGACGACAUCCCGGAUGUCUAUAAUGAGACUCUCAAGAAAUGGGCAAAGACUUCAUGCAUUCGUCUAAUCGUCUUGCGAGCAUGGAGUCGUUUGGGGAGCCUAAGGGCUGGCAUUUGGAGUGCAGAGACAGAGAAUAUGCCUGGACGUCGCCUGCCACGGAGGAUCGCAUUUACACUACCCAUUUUAGGUUUGAAAGGGCAGAUGGUGAUGCAAGAGACGUUAUGA